AUGUGAUUGCGUCAACUGAAAAUGUUGUUUUCAUUUUGCGAGGAAGGAAGUUUUCGAUUUGAGGUUCAUUUAUCAUUGGUUAUUGCCGUUGGGCUCGGCUUUUCCGUCGUAAUUUGUCAAGUGCUAGCGAAUAAUUGUGUUUACAUACAAGCGUGUGCUUCAAUCGAACAUUAUAUCUAAAUUUGCAACAAUCACGAGUGUUGUUGCCAUAUACUCAGAAGGUCUUUAGGCGGAUGAAUGUUUCACGUUAAAGAGCUUUGUCGAAUGAGAAAUUAGCAUGGUAUUGCAUUUUAGGAGGAUUUCGACGCAUUAAGACGAUAUUAUCGAAGUAAUAUUGUCUUGACAUUUUUGGAGACAGUUUAGAGCGAACAGAAAUCCAAGCCAAUGCAAUCCAACGAAGAUACCAAUGUCGCACCAGGGCACGAGAUGCAUGUAAUAAACAACGCCACCGAAAAAGAUAGAUUACUUCCCCACCAUGCUGAGAUAGAACAUGAAGAGGUCUUAAAAGUCCCCUCUGAUCGCAUCCAAUUUUAUGAGAGCAUACCUAGAAAACCUCCAUUAAGGCGUAGCCGCUCAGUUGACCGAACGGAUAACGAAAGCAUUCGAGCUGUACCCGAAGAAGAUGAGAGGGAACCGUCUGCUUUAUCCCUCGAACCAUGUGAAACUGAAAAGUUCACUGGGCCAGCGCAGAGUUAUCCCGAUUUUGCUCUUUCAAGUUGUUUCAACUUUAACAGAUCUCAAAACCUUGAUAAAAUGUGCAACGAUCUCUUCUUGAGCAUUCACUAUCAUGAAGUUGACAAGUUGAAGGAGAUAUUGGAAGAAGAUCCGCAGGUACUAGCAAAACUUUUUACCCGGCGCGACAACAAUGGUUUACCUUGUAUCAUGAAGGCAAUCGCUCGACAAAGUUUGGGGUGUAUUCGACUGCUGUUGGAUGAGUUUGAGAAACUCGAUUUCAAGAAAUUUGGCAUUGACCAAAUGGAUGCGCUUCAAUCGGACGGAAAACGGAAUGCCUUACAUAUCGCAGCUCAGGUUGUUCGAGGCAAAGAAAUUAUAGAGGCAAUCGCUGUGGAUUCCAUAAUGAAACUGCUUGCCGAUUGCGAAGACAACCAAGAGACAACACCACUAAUUGUUGCCUGCGAAUACCAGAAUCAUGCUUUCGUUGUUCGUUUAAUCAAGUAUGGGGCGAAGAUUGAUCACGUGAAUAAAAAAGGAUAUUCUCCGUUGUAUUGGGCUGCUGUCAACGGAAGUGCGAUGACUUUGAAGAUUCUUCUUGAACAAGGUGUUAGGAGUAGGGAUUUAAGCCUGUUGGAGCUUUUCAAAAACUGCAAGAUCUACAAUGGCAUGGAAACAAUCAUCGAGGCAAUUUUGUUGAGCAAAGAUCCUGAGACAUUAAAAGUUUGUUUAAGCGUCCAAGAAGGUGAAGAAAUCAUCAAGCAAUGUUUGAAACAAUUGGAGAGAAAACCAACUUUUAUUCAUAGUAUUUGCGAAACGCCGCUGAUCAAAUUAGUUGAGCUUGCGGUUGAAGAUAAUCUACAAUUGUUGAAAAGACAAGACGAGAACGGUACUACCCCAUUAAUAAGAGCAAUUGAAGCAAACCAAAACGAAGUUGCAAAAAGAUUAUUGGAAAUAGAGGUUAAUGGAACAAUGUCGCAGAAGGAAAAGCCUACUUACGAAACGGCAUUGAUUCAUGCUUGCAAGCUGCAGAAUUAUGACAUUAUAAUAAAAAUCAUGGAAAUUUCUGACAACGAUCUUUCAAUUGUCGAUGCCGAUGAAAGAAACAUAUUUCAUCAUGCUGCAAAACACGAUGAAGUGUUAUCGAUCAUCAUUGGUUAUUGUAGAGUGGAUCUGAAAAAGUGUGAAAAUUACAAGAGGCACCUGACGCAAGCUGAUAAAAAUGGACACGUGCCACUGCAUUAUGCAGCAUCCAGUGGAGCAUGGAAGAACGUGAAACUGCUUCUUGAAAAUGGUGUACCUCAUGAUUCCCGUAGUUUCCAUUUGGAACGAACGCCUUUACAUUAUGCAGCAUUUAGUAACAUUGAAACCGUACGGGCCCUCGUAGAUCAUGUUGCAAAUCUUCAACAAGAUGUUUCGAAAUUCGUAAAUGCAGUUGAUUCCAACCUUCAGACGUGCUUACACCUCGCGGCCUGUCUCGGUAAAUGGCAAACUGUUUCAUAUCUGCUAGAACACGGUGCCACCAUCACAGGCGAUAAGGAGCGUGAGACACCUGUGCACAUGGCUGCCAUGUCUGGUUGCAUCAGAACCAUUGAAUGUCUAAUCAGGAACGAUAGGACAGCGAUUGACGCUGAGAAUCUUGUUGGUGAGACUCCUGUUAUGUUUGCUGCCGCCGAGGGAAAUAAACAAGCGCUGAAUUUUCUGUUGGAGAAUGAAGCGAGUCUUUGGGGGAGCAGUCAUUGUGAUAGUGUAGAAAAGCGAAAAACAUGUUUAGAUUGGGCUGUUCUUGCUGAAAAUUCUGACAUUGCAAAGAGUAUUUUGGAGCGUAAGAACUGGAGAGAGGCCAUGGAAAAAUCCUGCUACGGAGCCGAUGGAUUGCUAGCAAAAAUGGUGGAGUUGAUGCCGCAUGUUGCUCUUGAGGUGUUGAAAAAGUGCGAGGAACCGUCAAGUGGUGGCAAGAAAUAUGACUUUUUUGCUUUGCAGACUACUGAAGGAUCGUCAGGAUGCGGAAAACCCGGUCAAUAUGUUACUGCUCUGAAAUCAUUAAAGGCAAUGGUGAAUCAUUCAAGAGACCAAUGUUUAAGCCAUGACGUCGUGCAACGCUUUCUUCAUGAAAAAUGGGUAGUCGGUGGACGAAAGUGCUAUAUGUUAAUGUUCUUCAUCUACGGGAUGUUUCUCCUCGCACUUACGGCCUAUGCUACUUUUACUACCUUGGGUUACGUAAGCGGGGAAAGUCCAUCAUGCAACGCCUCACGUAUCGUAUGCUGUAUUUUCGGUGUCUUCAGCCUCGCCAAAGGAAUUUUUCAGCUCGUGCAUCGAAGACUGAAAUACUUUAACAGUGUGUCGGCGUAUUUGGAAUUGGCCAUGUACAUUUGUGUGUUUAUAUUUAUACCAAAUGAUAAAAAGAGCAAUAUGCAACAGCAGGCAGGAGCGAUUGCAGUUUUCCUUGCGUGGAUAAAUUUUACUUGGUUCUUGAAGCGAUUUCAAACGUACGGCAUAUACAUCAUUAUGGUCAACAAGAUAUUUAUCACGUUCGUUAAGGUUUUUGUUCCUGUAUCAUUCUUCCUUAUGGCGUUCUCAAUGGCUUUCUUCGUGCUUUUCCACAAGGAAGACGCCGGUUUUGAUAACAUAGUCAAGUCUUUUGUAACAUCGUUCGCCAUGAUGGUUGGCGAGGUCGACUAUCGUGACACAUUUCUUCAAAACAAGGGCGAGAAUUUCGCCCUUCGUCUCGUCUUCUUGGUAUUAUUUCUCAUUGUCGUUGGCAUUCUACUCAUGAAUUUGCUUACAGGUCUCGCUGUCGGCGAUAUAGGAAUGAUUAUGAAGCGUUCAUUUAUAGAAAGCCAACGCCAACAGGCAAUGCUAAUUAUUGACAUUGAUCAUUUUUUGGGAAGAUAUCCUGGUUUUAAGACGAAAUAUCUGGAGCGUUUGAUCGUAACAAAGAAAAAGCAUCGUCAUAAUUUUGCCAUCAAAUGUUUCCAAAAACUCGUGGACUUGAUGUAUCCACGUUUGAAUAUCGAAUAUGACAAUAACACGGAGAAGAACCACGAAUGUAACGAAAUAGCUCAGUUAAAGUGCCAGUUGAGUAAAGUUCAGAAAACUCUAGAGGAAAUCAACAGCUCGUUGGAAAAAAGCAAGAGAAAAAAUCCGAACACAAAAUUGAAAAACUACUAUUCUCGUCGACACACUCUACAAUAGAACAAUUACAGAAGAGUGAAUUCUUUUUCACAAACAUUUAUUUCUCUCUUUAAAUGUAGCUAAUAACAUUUCCGUUGUGCACACUCGCACUCGUGCAUAUUUUCUGCUCAAUGGAAAAAGUGUAGCUAUUAUUAAAAUAGUGAAAAAUUAUUACGCUAAUAACUAGAUAGAAAAA